AUGGCACCCAAAACACCAAGUUCCGCCGGCGCGCCCAUAUUCUCGACCUCCAUCUUCUCUUCCAACGCCGCUUCUCGCCCGACUACCCGCGACGGCGUUGAUCCGCUCAAUACGAAUAUCUCCAGCAUUCUCCCCAAGGACCGCAAGGCCUCCUUCUCCCGAAAGGCCUCGCUGGGCAGUCGACGCGGAAGCUCCUUUGGCAACGGCCCCAACGCUUAUGUGACAGAUGCUGCGGCGCCCCCCGCUCUCCCCGAUUACGCGCUCGCUGCCGCUGCAAAGGUCACGGGACGACCCGACGGAGAUAAUACUGCAUCGCAUUCGAUAUCGUCUGCAGAACCUCAGAUGUUAAGCCGCAGUGCGACGGGGUCAACGACCCUCCAUGGUGGGAUUGUGCCCAAUACGCCAAUUGGUAUAAUGCCAAAUGGCGCCGUGGGCACAUCUGGAAUGUGGCAGCACAACGAAGCGAGUAUUAUGCACCACCAUGUCACAGAGCUUGCCAAUAAGCGUAUAGCGACACUCGAAUAUCUCCGAAAAGCACACGAAGGCCGUAUAUACUGGUUCAAGACAUUUCUUUUUGAGAAAACAGACCUAAGUCGAAUGCCCUCCCUCGAUGCGCGAAAGCUUGGUCGCAAAGCAACAAACCACCUCCUACUAGGCCUUUCGCUCCCGACGAUAGUCGAUCUCUACUCUACGACCUCGAUCGAAUUCCUCCGCAGCCUGAACUCGCUUCUCUCCGAAUUCGAUUCUUUCCAGCAACUUCAUGGCGACUCGUCUACCGCUGCAUCCCUUACCCGUGCCCGUCUUCCUAGCAUGUUCCGUCGCCCAGGCGGUAAAUCUCGACGCUCGACUUCAGCCGCCGAUAUGCACCCUCUGGUCGAUGAGAUGGCAUCUCUGCCUUCCGCUGGUGGACCUGCGCCAUCGGUUAUGAACUUUGCAGCCUCCGAAACCGACCUGCUUCCAGGCGAGGAAUACACGUUCUUGUUAACACCAUCUUUACCAUUCGACCCGGAUUACUUCGAAACAUUCGCAACACUGUGCGACGUCCUGAUCGAUUGCUAUACGAGGUUCUUGGCGCUAGUUCCUUCACCUAGGGAGUGUUCUGCACCUGUCGCUGAGCUCUUUACAAAGGCAGACUCGCGCGUGCGCAAGAUUAUUGUGCAAGGCAUUGUAAGAGACUUUGAAGACCAGACCCGAAGCCAAGUCAAAACGGAGGUGGCCAGUAUCGGCAAGGUGGUUCUUGGAGGUUUAAUGUGA